AUGUUCCGCACAGUAUCGCGGCGCAUCAGCGCCGCCCCGCGACUCCUACAAGCACAACGCCAACCCGCCCGAUCAAUAUGCAACCAGAGUAUCCGGCCAUCACAACCAGGAUAUAACAAUGUGAAAUCGCUUGCAAAUCCCUACCUCUUUCACCCGCGAUAUCUCACCUACGCCCAGCGCCUACGCAUGAACUACCGCGAAGCGUCCAAGGGCAUCUUCCGCAAGAACCCUGUCAUGCUACCGCUGGCCAUUAUAUCCUUGAUCGGUGGCCUGUGCCUAUUCACAUACAUCUCCUAUGUGGAGCUUACACAAGUUGCACCACAAUACCACAACUUCCCGCAGCCAGUCGCCGAAUCGCUUCGUUCUGCAAUCUACUACACCGAGAUCGACCUGAACCCGAUCAAGGCGCUGAAUUCUUACAAAGAAGCUCUGCGGAGAGCACUUGAUCUGGGCAUGCACCCCUUCUCAGAUGAGGUCAUGGGUAUUAAGUUGCAGGUGGCCCUGAUGUUGGAGAAAGCGGGCCUGGUGAAGGCAUCGAUUGAGGUGUUGGAGCGGACGAGGACGGAGACGAUGAAAUGGGUUGAGGAAGGAAGGGCCGCGGAGACUGCUGCCGACAAGAAGGAUACGAAAUCGCCAGCACCGGCAAAGGCAACUCCGGACAAUGUCCAAAUCAAAGAGGGGGCUAUCCAGGAAGCGGAGGAGGAAUUAAAGAAGAUGCAAGCAUUCGAGACCCGCCAGCGCGACAAAGCACUCAAGAAGGUCGUCGGCAUGGAGAUGAAGCUGGCUGAGCUGUACUCCAGCGAUCAUAUCCAGGAGGACAAGAAGGCCGAGGCUGCGCAGGUCGCUGCCGUUGAGCUGUGUUUGAAGGAAAUGCAUCGUCGUCAGAAGUUGGGUCUUCCUGUUGGUGGAGGCUCUGGUGACGCAAACAGUGACGCUUGGUUGAACAUGACCGAGAUCGCUACAGCGCUGGCAGAGCUUGCAUCCACUUACACAGCCAAAGAUCGACACGAGCUCGCCAUGCCGUUGUAUCUGCGCGCACUAGAAUUGCUUCGCGUGGCGGAGGGUAACUCGCCAUCUUGCAAGCAAGUGACCCUUUUGAACGAUGUCGCCAGCGCUAUGGUCGGCCAGGUGCAGCUGCCUACUUCGCCUCGCGCCGAAAAGCAAGCCAUUUCUCGAGAGCAGACAGUCGAGGCUGCGCGUCUAUGGGCUCAAAAGUCUCUUGAUGUUGCGGCACGUAUUCAACCCCCGGUACGUGACGAAGAGUGCGAUAUUACCUGUGUCGUGGCCACGUACAAUCUGGGCGAGCUUGCAGAGCUGCAGGACAAGCACGAUGUGGCUAAGCAACGGUAUAUCGAGGCCAGGUCGCUAGCCAGUGGUAUGGGUUAUGAAGAUGGAGUCGCCAUGGCGGAUGCGGCUUUGAAGAGAUUUAGCAAGAAAUAG